AUGGAAUUUUCUCCUGCAUUUUUUGAGUUAUCGAGUGAAAGAAUUUACGAAAUAACGCAACUAGGAGUUAUAUCUAUAUUCCAAAAUCAGCGCCGCACAUUUUGGCAAAAUGUGCGCCGCAGAAUCACGUAAUCACUGCAAUGGCACAGUCGAACCUUACGACCGGAAGUGGAAUGCAAGUAACUGCUGAUACAAACCGCACCCGCAGGGGUUGCCGACUGCGCACACCAUCGCUUUAAUCAUGCGCCUCCCAGAAGCCACGCUUGCGUACCGUUAAUACAUUGAUUUAUGUUUUUCUUUUUGACAGUUUUGUGUGACGCUAUCCACUGUACGCAGACUGAAUAAGGACUAGUCACUAGUGUACCUCAACUUUUUUACAAGAACUAAUACUGUAAUCCUAUGCCUUCAGUUCAGUCGAGUUCGGUUUGUGACUUUGCUUGUCGAUACGUUAUUACAAGUUGUUUAGAUUCGUCAGAAUUUAUCGUUACUUACCAGAAGUCGGAAACUGCUGCACUGGAGCGUAGAUGCUGUUAUUAACCUGACUGCCGUUAAGUUGCUGUCGAAUCCUCUACAGUAUCUCCAAGCAAUGUUGCCGUUAUUAAGCAACACCAGCCGACGUGCCCUGACGAAGGUUGCGAUCCUGGCAGUCCAGGCGAGGAUUCUCUCGCGGAACAGUCGCGUUGUAGGACUGCGUUACAGUCAGGACUGGCAUGGUACAUCAGGCGUCAGCACGGCCAGCGAGGCAGGUGCCGAUGCGCAUGGACAUGGCUAUCAUGCCCCUGGAUAUCGUGGAAUAGGCAGUGGCGACUGCAGGACCGGCACGCCGCCGGAUGUGGAUGUGGCAGGCAUCAUUCAGGCGCUGCAGGAUGACACCUACACCCGCCACCCGACCGACCGCUUCUACUAUGCCCCCGACCCCGCCCGCCGCCGUCUGGACGCCGUGCAGACGCUGGAGCAGCUGGGCCCGCAGCUCGUCACGGCGGAGCUGCGUAGCACUCGCAGUAGCAGCCCGGCACAGCGGAGCGACCUCCUGCGGGCCUGCCUGGCCUUCCUGCACCGCAAGCGCAUCGGCUGCAGCAUCCUCACCGCCACUCUGCUGGCCCCCGGCGACCUGACGAUGGCGGCCCGGUGGGCGGUGGAGACGGCACGACGACGGGAGGAGCGGGGCAUCGCGGUGGUGGGCCAACUGGUGCUGGAUCUGCUGGACCCUCAAGACGGCACGAUGACGAGCGCCGCCGGCUGGCGAUGGAGGGCGCAGGCGGCUAUCCGUGCCGGAUUAGACGAGCUGCAGCCACGCCCCCGUGACGCGCCGCUGAAGCUGGAUGAUAUUGAUCAGGCAGCCGUACAGCUGCGAGCUACUGACACUAGUCAUGCCCAACGGGCUGCCGGUAUGGCCUUCGUGGACGCCUUGGCCGGGUACGCAGCGCUGAACGGCGUGCAUUGGGACUGGGGCGCAGAGAGGAAGCUGCAGCAGUACCUGGGCGUAGCGGAAUCCCUGCUGUGCGACAAGGACAUGGGCCUGGCAGCCGGCACGGUUCUCGUGCUGGGACGGCGCGACGAGUUCGGCCGCGUGGUUACCUACAGUGCGGAUGACUUUAGGCACCCCGGGCGUCUCUUCGUCCACCAGGACUGGGUGUAUUUCAGCUGCAGCAGCAGUCGCGUUGCCGAUGACGCGGCCUUCAACCUGGGAGUCCAUCUGCAGCGGAAUCCGCACUUGACGGGCCAGCUGCAGGGGCCGUAUCCUGUGACCCGCAAUGUGCGGGACCGGCAUGGAUCCGGGGUCUACUACGCUCUAACGGCCAUGGAGGCCUUCACCUUCGCCGCAACGCCAGCGUGGGGCAUCCGCUGCCACGACGAGGUGAUCAUCAUCGAGGCGGCCUUCCAGGACAGUCUGGCGCCGCUGCUGCUGCUGGCAUCCGACUGGCUGGGCCCGGCCACCAACGCGCAGUACUGCUUCGCAGUGAAGAUCAUGCCAGAUCGGCAGCAGUUCAGUGCCAGUCUCUUCGUCUUCCAGAAGACGGCCAAGAACAAGCUGACCCCAGAUUGGAAACAGUUUAACUGGCGUGAAAGCUUCUUGGGCUUCUCCCCUCCCCUCCGAUCCUCCGCUCCAUUCACAGACGUUUCCGCCGACUGCGCACACUGCAUUGCUGGCUACAAUGUCGCCGGAUACCAUCUGACCGAUGACACCGCCCAUCGUUUGCUGUCGAGGAAGGAGGAGCUGUUGCGCGUACUGGACAUGCAGCUGCUGCAGCGCUUCGACAUGGACGACACCAACGCCGACACGCUGUCCAUCGCCUUCGACAUCGAGCUCAAGUAUCCGGACGGGCCAGUGCAGGCGCACCGGGUGGAUCUGGGCCGGUUUGGGAGGCGGCUGAGGAAUCACUGGCUGUUCCACUGGCAGCUCCUCCACAGACGGCCCGCCACGCAGCCCAAUCUGGACUCGUUCUACGAUUUCUACAGAUCCUUCUACCCUGAAGCCUUACAACUGAACACCAGCCGCUCCUGACACGCUGACCAUUCCCAAGCCGUCGGGAGUACGUCUUGACCACUCUGUAGCCUGUAGAGCUCUGCUGGUCCAUGGCCCUCGACUGAAGUUCCAUGGAGGACGACGAAUCACGCUGUGUUCACUGCUGACAGUGCUGAGCGCACCCGCUGGCCGCAAAUAAGCCGACCUGUGCCGGGCUUCACGCGUAGCUGCUAACAACAGCUCCCUUGAACAUUGCUAGCCAGAGUCUGUCUAAUUGCCCCAAGGUUCCAUGAUGGUUUUCCUAUCAGCAAAGAAUCGUUCGCUGCGUGCGUACUGGGAUACGCACUAGGCCAAUAUCGCCGUAUCCUGUACAGCAAAGGACUGAUCUUUACAAAUAGACUUUAGCGAAUCGCGUUUCUUCAUCAUGCUGUUCAUCGCUGUGGUGUACGUGUUCUUCAAGUCAACUUGAUCCAUCAGCGAAGUGUUAUUACUGUGUGAACGGUGUAGCAUUAUUUUCAGUCUGACAGUUUAACAAUCUGACAGCGACAGCAACAAGCCCGAUACUGGCCGUACUGUACUU